UCGCUUUCCAUGCGCGGCAGACAAGAGUUUGCAGCGAUCGCACCGCCCUCCAGCUUAUCUUCCCGUUUUGUUAUCCGCUCGCUCAGUGGCGACGAGACACUCGAGGCUUCUUGUCCACGGCCGUCCCGGCGACAACAACACUCUACAUGGCGUCUUCGUCUCCAGGAACCCGGGGGGCUGAGCAAGGCACAGCGGCUGCGGACAUGAACAUCCGCAAGGGCGUCAUGACGGAGUACAAGCAUGAAUCUCGGAGACCGUCGCACGACGCCUCUCGCGAAAACGUCGCCUUCUGCAACGGCCACACCCGAAAGGACCGGUCUCCAGAAGCAGCGAACUACCAGCAGGCCUUCAGUAACGGCAUCGCGUGUCACGCAGCCGAGGAUGGCUCGAGGAGGGCAAGCGUCGUGUGCUACAGGGACGGCGAGGAAUGCGUCUUACGGAAGGGCAUCUGUUACUCGGAGAACUGCGCAGGCGUAACCGACGAGAACCUGAACGAGUCCAGUGCAGCGCGUCUCAAGCCGGACGACGACUGCCCUACCAGGAGAAAGCGCUCCUUUGCGGCGUCUAGCGAAGAGUCGUUGCUCAGCAUUUUCAAGCAAGCGGCUGUGCCGUUCUUCCUCGGCGGUCUAGGCACGGUGUUUGCGGGACUUAUUCUCGACACGGUUCAGUUCUGGCCCCCGUUCGAGCACGUAACGGAGCUGUUCAUCGUGGUGCCUCCGCUUCUAGGCCUUAAGGGCAACCUGGAGAUGACGCUAGCGGCGAGGCUGUCGACGCAAGCCAACCUUGGUAACAUGGACACGCCAAGGAAAGUGUGGGACAUUGCGGUUGGCAACAUGGCACUCGUUCAGUCCGUGGCAUGA